GUCAGAUGAUCGUUGUGUCUGUUGCUUCCCCGUCAAGCACUCUGCAACAUAAGCCUGGUUUACUUCCUUGAAUAGGCCACUAUUCUUGGCUGAUACAUCUUUGUCGCUCUGUGUGGAGAUCUACAUUCCUCCGUCGCCAACAGCCGCAACGGACAAAAUGAAGCCAUUUACUUGGACUUGCAUAACUAGCUUUGCCCUAUUGGCAGUCGCAAACCCAAUACCUGACAGUCUUCGACUGUACUUGAACAAUCGAGCUGCUGCAGUCACCGAAUCCGAGGUUCAGACAUUGGACUACUACGCCCAAUAUGCCGCCGCAGCCUACUGCAAUAGCGAUGCCGCAGUUGGCUCGGUUGUGACAUGUGGAAACAGCACCUGUGACGAUGUGACAGCGUCGGGCGCAACAAUUUUUGCUACAUUAACUAGUGCCGAAUUCACCGAUGCCCAGGGUUUUGUUGCCGUAGACCCCGUUAAGGAAGUCAUCGUAUUAUCCCUGAGAGGUUCGGCGUCUGUCCGUAAUUGGAUCACCGAUUUCAUCUUCACACAAAAAGCCUGCGACCUCGUCUCCGGCUGCCUAGUCCAUACCGGCUUCUCAGUUGCCUACGCCGAAAUUAAAGAAACACUCGCCGCGGCCAUAGCAGCCGCCACGGCCGCCAACCCAUCCUACGGCAUUGUCUUCACCGGCCACUCCCUCGGCGCCGCGGUGAGCACCCUGGCCGCGGCCUACCUCCGCGACGCUGGCUACGCCAUCGACAUCUACGCCUACGGCAGCCCGCGCGUCGGCAAUCUCGCCUUCGUGGAAUACGUGACGGUCCAGGCGGGCGCGGAAAACCGAAUCACGCAUUAUGACGACCCCGUGCCCCGGCUGCCGCCCAUCGUGCUGAACUACCGGCACACCAGCUCGGAGUUAUGGCUGUCGACGGGGCAGGCGACCACGGACGACUACUCCGCGGCGGAUAUCAAGGUUUGCGAGGGCUAUGCGAAUGUUGCAUGUAAUGGGGGCACGCUUGGGUUCGAUACGGAUGCGCACGGUCAUUAUUUGGUACCCAUCACUGCUUGUGGACCCUCGGGCACGGUUUGGAAGAGGGAGACAGAUGAGGAGAUGGAAGCGAAGGUAAAUGAGUAUGUGGCGAAGGAUAAGGCUUAUGUUAAGACUUUGCCAAAUGUGUGGAGUUGAGAGGGCCUAGAGGGUUAUUGGAGAGGGGGU